AUGGUAUAUCGUGUUCGCCCAAGCGUUGAUGAGUAUGAUAAGUUAAUAGAGUUUGUCUGCUUGGAGGGUUUGGAUUGGGAAAUGGAAAAAAAGCUACAUGAGGAAAUGAAAAGGAGUGGUUUCUGUCUCAAGGGCAUCACAAGGGCAAACAAUGCACCUGGUGUCGAGGAUGAGCCUGUGGUAGCUGCAGACGUACAUGCAUCUGGUGCAGACGCUGGUGAUGAAGCUAAGGGAUUUCCAGGUGGGUCGCGUGACCCAUCAGUGCUUACGGAGUAUGUUGACCAUGUUGUAGUUAGCGUAUGGAAUAGAGAGGAACGUCCUGAAUUGAAGUUAUCCUCCCACGGGAGGAAAGUGCUGAAAUUUGGUAGGCCUGCUCCUGAAAUUGAGGGCCUAGUUGCUGCCACAAGAUUAAGUCCUUUGAUCGCAUGUUCAGUAGACACUAGCGAUCAAGGACUUAUAUCCGCGUUCGUGGAGAGGUGGCAUAGGGAAACUAGUAGUUUCCAUCUUCCUGCGGGGGAGGUUAGCAUCACCCUGGAUGAUGUGGCAUCUCUGCUUCAUCUUCCCAUUGUUGGCGCCUUCCAUACCUUCGAGCCUCUGCACGUCGACGAGGCUGUGUUGAUGUUGGUGGAGUUACUAGAGGUCUCCGAAGAGGAAGCCAAGGCCAAGACAACACAGUGUUGCACUCAUUUUGCUAACAAGAGUGCAACCCAUGUUCAUGUUGUUUUCUUAGACGCUUUGCGUGACUUCAGUCAGACUGGAAGCUAUGCAUGGGGAGUUGCCGCCCUAGUGCAUAUGUACGAUCAUUUGAAUGAUGCUUGUAGGAGUGGCGGCCGACAGCUUGCUGGUUACAUCACUCUCUUACAGUGUUGGAUAUAUGAGCACUUUCCGUCAGUUGCGGAGUCUAUGGCUGAUCCGGACUACGAUGACCUGUAA